AUGGAGUUUCUUGUCCUUGUCUGUUUUAAACUUUGUUUUUUCGUCUUGAUUAACCCCUCUGGAGGUGGUGAGGUGAAGAUUAAUCGCCAACGUUUAGGAGGUAAGUGAUAGCUCCUAUUACCGUGAACCAUCCUAGAUAAGGCCCACAUAAAUUUCUCACGGGGUAAACUUUCUAUUGAUUUAAGACUGGACUUGAUUUUCAACUUUGAACCAUUUUCAAUGUUUCAAGUACCUAGAGGUGAUGUUUCUUUAAGAUAAAUUAAACCAAUAGUAUAGAAUAAGAAUCAGAUGAAAAUUUAAACCCAUGGCCAGGAAAUAACCAAACGAUGUAUGAAAUAACCGUUCAUUGCAUCUUCUUUGUUUGGAACCUAUUGAUUCAUUCUCCCAGGAUGUAAUAAACGAGUUCUCUUAUUUUCCGUAUCUGCCAACACCGGUUACAAUUCUUUUAACUCAAAAGUAAUGUGUAUGAUUUAACUACUCCAUAGUAAGGCAAAUUGUCCAGACUUAUUUCAGGCUGAACAAAUGACGUUCAUAUGUGCCCCUUUGACCCUUUUCAAACACUUACAGCUUUCAGACUAAAGUUUUUAAGGCUUAAUGUAAUAAAGCAUACUGGUCAAGUGCUAAACACUAUAACCUUACUUUAGUUAGAAGAAAGGAGAACUUACUGGAAAUAGAAUGGAGCUCUAGAUACUUUCCAUUUAAUCCAGCAACUCGGCCAACCAAAGGGCAAAAUACAUUCUUUGAUUGAGUUUAUAUAAUUAUACUAUAGAUAUUAUACAACCACAAUUCCACGAUUAGUGCACAUUGGAUAUGAGUUGGCUAUAAUUAUCUCAUAUCCAACAGGCGCGAGUGGAAUAAUUGAUUUAUUAAAAACGCCCACAAAAUAUAAAAACAACCGAUUUACAGCUUGUUUUUAAUUUGUAGCAGACGAGUAUAAUGGCUCAUAUAAUACCAUGAGGCUAAGCCAAUCAGAGCUCUAGAAUUGCAUUAUCCAAUGAUUCAGUUUUUAAUGAUACAAAAUAUAUAUUUUUCAUUGAAGAACCUAUAGCUGUUGACGAUGUCGAGGUUUCUCGAACAAAGAGAGGAUUUGGUAAAUCAGGGCCACCCUGUAAUAGUAAGUUUUUACAGAGAUUUUAUCGAUUAUUUCAAACAACACCCGGAGAGUAAAUGUUACGAAGUUCGUCUUAAUGGAAAUAAAAGAGAUCACAAAAUAAAUUUAAAAAAAAUAAAUUUUGGUUCAAAAACAUGCUUUUACGGAGCUUAACCUGUCACACCAUUUGCCAGUUGUUUCUUGUGAAAAUUAGAAAGUAAAGUGUGGGACGUCUCGUGUUUCCUCCUACACUCCUUUCGUGCUCUGGCGACUUUCCGCGUGCUUUACAACAGAACAGAGCACAGUCAAGGCUUCUUUAUUUUUCAUUCAGUCUCACGAGCAAAUGUGUAAUGGGGAUCUGAGACAAAAAACUAUUAAAUCGAUGAUUAAACCAACGAGCAGUACCACUGCCAUGCGUUUUUCCUUUCGUAUCACAAAUUUAUUUAAAUUCAAAUACUUCUCCCAUCUGGAUGGGACGUUAAUUGUCCUUCGCAGGGUCACUCCCAGCAAUAUCACCGGUACUCAUUUCACACCAGGGUGAAAGAGGAGAAAAAGGAGCAAAUUUUCUUCUCUAAGGAAACGACAAGAUGCUAGCGCUUAAAGGGAAAAAUUUUAAAAAAUCCGAAUUGAGUUUUUACUGUUCGGUUCUAACAACGUUUUUUAUCCUUGUCUUCAUUUCAGUGGAGCAUGGCGUGUAUCUAGAAAAAUGGGACACAAUCGACUAUAACCGUGUUGAAUUUCUGCAAGCAGAUCCUCGUUAUCCAGAUCUACCUAGCUAUACAACUUGUUUUCCCACGUUCGAGCAGCCUUCGAACUGGGAUGACUUCUUCGGGACUCGUUUAAGAACAUAUUUUGUGCCUACUGAAAACGGCAUCCAUUACUUCAUGAUAUGUAAGUUGUUUUCUUCGGCAAUGAAAGAUAUUUGUCACUGACAACCUUCGGAUUGAAAUGCAGUGUGAGUAAAAACGACAAAAUACUGGCAAAGAAAAGUUAUAGAGUUUAAUUUUCACUUAAUUGUCUGGCAAUUCUUCCAUAAGGACGCGGCUUUUUUUUUCUAAAAUAGAAACUAAAAUCCCCGCUACGACAACUAUAACAGAGAGCUUUUUAUCAGAUCUUAUGAAUUUUAUUUGUCUUGUCAUGGUUUGAAUUGAGAGACUCUCCAGUGACAUUGACCACUCCUUUGAACGGUUAAAAAUAAGCAAUAACUUCUAAUUUAUGGUGGAAACAAUUAAUAACAAAAUUUUAGCGCCCUUACGCUUUGCAAUGCUGUAAUACUUUGUUAUAUUCACGGGAACCCGUUUUUUGUUGCUGCUGUAGUACUUUUGAAUGACUGAAAUGUUUUAAUUAAUUAACAGCAUCUAGAGGUGGAAGUGAUCUGUUUCUCAGUACAAAUUACGAUCCUAAGAACAAGGCUCUAAUUUGCGCUGUACAAGCAGGAUUUUCGACUGGGCAAUAUGAGUACGACAGGUGAGAUAUUUUCCCCGGGGGGUACUCCCUAUGAUGGCCUAUACGGAGAGGGUCCGUCCGAAAGGGGUAUCUCCAGGGAUAUUUGUAGCUCUUUUAUGAUUAUCACUUUUUAGUAGUCCUUUUAUUAGAAAAUAGAUUCACAAUCCUUGAAAUAUCUGAAUCGAUCCAGUGACAAUUUUGGUGAUUUCCAUCUGACUUCAUAAGUACGCUUUUCACCCUUUACGUUUUCUGGCUAUGGAUGUGGUUUUCAAACAACGUUUUCGGCCUAUUCCCUCUUCUAAAUUUUAAAAAACUCAGACUAGGUUAAUGAAGGCACAUAAACAGCGUUAUACGAUUUUCUUUGGAACGCGGGCAAAAAUUCAUAAUGCCUUCCAGUCAUGUAGGUACCUGUAAAUCGUCCAUAUUUGACACUUGAAGUCUUUGGUCCUGAACAUGGUAUUUCUGACCCAUAUUUGAGUAUGUGUCAAGCUUCGACAUGUUUUUUCUUUGACCUAAUUUAAUGUCAUCUCCCUAGUAAUAAUUCGUUUAUGGGGUCACGGUUUUGAAUUGUAGUCUAUUCGACAAACGACCAGAAAAAAGUACGACGGAGAACUUGAAACGCCCAGUCAGUAUGAGAGAUCGUGGAUAACUAGAAACACAUUUUUUUGCAUUUCUCUUCUUGCUAUAGGUUCAAAAAACAGACCUCAAACGCAGUGUACAUGAAGAAGGGAAAAUACUAUUACAUGGAGGCUCUAAUGAAAGAUGACCAUCAGAAGGAUCAUUUGGAAGUUGGUUUAAAAACACCAAGUGGAAAAGUUUUCGAAGUGAUACCAUCGGAAUUCCUUUGGACCACUCUCAAACAAAUGAAGAGUCAGUAUAUAUAUUUAGUUCAAUUUUAUCCUUAGUUUAAUUUUCAUUUUUCUUCUUUUGUUUGUAUGGUUAUGUUGGAUAGUCAGAGUUCAAAAGUGAGAAUAAAAAGUUGAACCAAGGAAAAAGAUGAACGUCAACUGACGUAAACAUUUUUAGGCUAAUUUGGAAGCCUAUACAAGAUUGACCUCAAUCUUCUAAGUCAUCUGUUUCUCUCCCAAUUCUGUCGAGCCUUUCAGGGUAUUUUUUAUUUUCUUUUAUUCCAAGUUUUGAUAGAGACCAGAAAGAGAAUAAUCAUCGAUACCGCUGGCAAUCGCGGCUUAAAAUUAGGAAAUUUAAAGAUGAUACGGUCGUCCAAAGCGAGCGAAGAUAUUCAGUUGCUCCACAAAGUCGUGAAAUUUUAAUGUUUGUAUGGCGUGGGGCAAGAACUUUCCACCCUUCUCCCUCACCAUAAAAAUGUCUGUAAAAUUCUGUGACUUUUCGGAGCUUUGUCUUCGUUACUUUUCAACUAAUAUCUUUCAAUCUAGGCAGCUUUACUGAUUUUAAGACGUUCUCAUCAGCCGUGUUGAUGGAUUUUUGCUAACUAACACCAGUCGAAGUUGACAAAGAACCGUGGGUGUUUCUAUUAAAACUAACUUAAGAGUAUUUCCCUCUUAGAACCUAACACGACAGAAAGUAAGGUGUUAAUUACGGCUGCAGCACAAUCAGGAGCGAAAGCAGGUAAAUUUUAUGGAGAAAAAUGGGCGAAGGAGUCUGGUGCAGAAGCAGGGUACACGGCCGGUGCCAUGGCUGGAAGGGAAGCUGGAACAUCAGCAGGAGCUAGUGCUGGUGAGAAGGCAGCCAUUAAAACAAUAACAAAAGCACUGGAAGAUGCAUUGAAUAAACUUCACGGUGAUGAUGGACACAAAUUUAAGAUCACUGUUAAGGACGGCACAGUGGUGUCGGUGACUGGUCCUGGAUUGGAUAAUGAACCUGUUGGCAGUUCUUCUGGAUCCACAGGUUAUUCGUGGAGUGCGGGAGGAGGUGGUGGGGAGGCCGGUGCAGCUAGAGGAGCAGGAGGAGUCACUGGAGCCGUUGGUGGCGAGGGAGGGAAAGGUGGAUGGGGUGGGGGAGGAGGACAAGGCAGAGGAGAAGGAUGGGGAGUUGGUGGAGCUGGAAGUAGUAAAGGAUUAAGGACAGGUGGAGCUGGAGAAGAAGGAACCGGUGAAGUAGGUGCAAAAGGAGGUGACAGGGGAAAUGAAGAAGCCGGUGCAACUGGUGGAACUCAAGGUGGAACAGGUGGGGGUCGUGAAGGAGCAAUGGGAGCUUCCGGUGGUACCUUGGGUUUCGGAAAAGGUGCAAACUUUCAAAACAAAACUGGUGGCGGCGCCAAUUCUAAGUCUUCAAUGCCUCCUAAUGCACAUAGAAAGGUGACUUAUAUUCCAAAACAAGGAGAAGAUCCUCAGACAAUGGCAAGAUCACUGGUAUGGAGAGCUGGCGGAGCAUCCAAAAGUAAGUUAGUCGUACUGGUGUUUAUCUUCGAGGAACUGGAUAAAGAUAAGCAGGUGACGUCCUAGUACAUCUUACAGAGAUUCCAGCUUUUGUUACAUGAUACCUAAUAGCUUUUCUUUUUACCUGAUUUUUCAUAAGAAGUCUGAAACUUUUCAACACAUGCUAAACCUUUGCUUGUACCAUAAGUUUAAUUUGAUAACUUCACGGAAGAAUGUGAUCGCGAUUUAUGGCAAUGAGAUGCGAUCAGCUUAGUCUUAGAAUUCGAUAUCAAAACUAUGAUUUUUUCUUUCAGUUGUGGACAAAGGAAUGUAUACAAUUCAUUCAGGCCUAAUACCAUUCUAUCAGGAAAACUUCACUCUCAAUUUCUGCUGGCGAUCGUUUGAUGGGCAAAUGUUCUUGAAGCCUGUAUGCAACGUUUUCAUUGCGCACGUUCCAGGUUUGUAUAGUGGACAAAGUGAUGGGAAUGAGGAUAGUGUUUCGUUUGAGUCAGCUUGCGCGCCUGGGUAUUUUUUGAGACAGAAGAACUAUCGACUGCUGAUUAAGGAGAGAGAUGGAUCAUCUCUUUUUGGUAAGUCAUUGAAAGAUUUUACUGCAUGAGCUUGGUCUAAUAACCAUUAGGUUAAAUAGUAACAAUUUUUGUCGAUCUAUUUGGAAGAAAAAGGAAGACCAAGGAUAAAAUACAGAACCGAUCAAAGGGCUUAAGCUUGAAACCUACGACUUGCUUGUCCAAAAAAUUAACAUUUUUACCGGUUACAAAAUAUCGACUAGAUUCAUGACUUUGGCCAGUCAAAAGCAAUGCCUAUAAAUUACUUCAGAAAUAAGUGACCAGCGGCUCUUUCGUUCUUUUUUCAAUUUUUGUUUGUGUUUUAUAAAUUUGCUGCCUUUGGGUCGCCGACGAUGAGGCAAAAAUAUCAAUGUUUAUAAUCGUUAGCUUUUAUGUUCAUAAAUAAAUACUUUUCUAUUACAUUCAGAUUGAUAGGAAUGCUAUUGACCGUUGUGCAUGUUCAAGUCCAAAAAGGCUAAAAAAGAUUUAACAAUGAAGUCUGAUGGGGUUCACAUAUACCAUUGCAAUUUAUCAUAACCAUGAUGAUCAACUUCACUAGAACAUAGCUAUUUAGUUCUCCUCUAGAACAUAGCUAUCUAGUUCUGCUCUAGAACACAGCCAUUUUGGAGGACCAAGUGACACCCGUCACUUCACAAUCGUAACAUUUUCUUGUUUGUAAAUUUGGAUUUGAAUCUGAGCAAACGCUGGAGUUUCGCCUACUGUUUUCGGAAAGCAAAUGAUCCCUGAACUGUCUAUCACACUGCGCUGCAUUAAAGUAUACAGCAGCUUUAGUUUGCUAUUGUUCCUUUUUAGCUCACUGCCUUUUUAAUUUUUGUCUUUUUUAGAUAAAGAUGCGUCAUUCUAUAUUUACUCAGUCAUGAAGUAUUUCCGAAAUUUUCUCUUUCACUCCAUGCACGAUGACUGGUACAUCUGUGAAAGUGAUCAACGCUCAUCAAAACUAAGGACAGUCCGACAAAAGAUUAAAAUAGUUUUGGACUUUUACAAUGGCGACCCGGAUGUCCUCGAUCGUUGCACCUUCUUGCUUUACCCAAUACCUCCAAGCAUGAGUAAGCUAAAAAACUGUCAAGGUGCGAUUGGGCCCGUGUCACUUAACACCAUCAAUGGACAAGCACCUCCUGAACCGCCUCCUUUGGUGCCACCAAAACCAUCAGUCUCCGUCUUGCCUGCUUGUUUGCCAACAUGCCCGGUUAUAAAACCAGCAGCGAAUUCAACAUCUCCAACUCCUAGACGUGAGUCACGGUAGUGUUAAAUUAGACUACGAGUAGUCCCCAUUUUUCCUCAGGGAUAGUAGAGCGAGCGAAACGCGAGCGCGCGUGAAAAUCACCUCACUCGAAAAAUGGCGACACGCUGCGUCUCGCCUUUUCUCGCGUGGGGUAAUUUUCACGCGAAUUCGCGUUUCGCUCGCUCUACUAUCUCUGAGGAAAAAUGGGGACUACUCGUAGUCUAGUGUUAAAUGGACGCGUCGUUCAACCCCUCCCGGGGAGAGAAGGGCCAAUCAACUAGGUUUCGUUCAGGGAGGGUUCGCCCAGAGGUCCAACCUGGCCUCUUAACUUUUUAUACUGCACUUGCGACCAAAACGGUAACCCUUUUAUUCAUAUUUUAUUGAAAAUUCCUGAACUAGUGGUACUCCUUUAUAUACCUGUAUAAAGACAUUUUGGUUAUUAACGGAGCGACUUUAACUCAUUUUUCUAUUGAGUAACCUCAUAUAUGUGAAUGGAUAAGCCGAAAGGCGAGGCAGUUGGAGAGAUUUGGAAAGACUCUUAUAAAAUCCUUAAUUGGCAGUUUUUCCUUGCUCUUAUUAUACCUCAUUCCUUGUAAUCCCAACCCUUUUAUAUAACAAGAGCAAAAAAUUGAUAAAAAUAAUAAUAGUUCGAGAUAGAUUUACAAAAUAUAUAUAUAUAAAUAUAACCAUGAAAGCAAAAUUCGAAUGAAAAUUGAGUUCGAAUUUAGAUAAUUUCACGUGGGUUAAUAACUUCAAAUGAUGAUUGGAUUCCCAUUUCCAGAUCUUAUAAUUUGAGCCCAGUAGAAGUUUCUUAGCCACUGCAUAACGUACUUACAUUUGAAUUUUACAGAAUGGUGUGUCGCUUUGAAUUUCAUCAACAAUUUUGGUUUGCCUUUCAAACUCUUCUCAUCGCUCAAACAUGAAGGAUAUUUUAUUACUGGGCCAGGCUUCAGACUUAAACUUAUUAUAAAGCGACCCGAGCUUCAUAGCCACGUGACCUUCAAUGCUGUUGACAUAACAGGAAGAGAACUUUUCCUAAAUGGACAGACAAGUGUUUCAGAGCCAGUGGUCUUAGGUUGUCCUGUGUUUUUGGACGUGCAUGUUACAUCAAGUCUAGGUAAUUCUGGUUGUCGAGCUUAAGAUAACUCUUUUUAAUUUACCGUAUGAAACGCUGCGGCGUGCAAUAAAUUUUUAGUGGGGUUUACGAUGCGGUGUUUGUAACCACUCGAUAUUUCACUUUUUUGCUGAGAUAGAAUCGUAAUUGUUUGGCUUUUGACAGUUAACCGAGGUCUAAGGUACUAGUAUUUAUUAUCAUUUUUUUAUAUCAGAUUCGAGACAACGCCGCUUCUUCUGAUUGGGUGCGGCGUUGAUUCGAGGACGGUGCAAAUUAAAGACGCGAAAUCAAUGUGGUACUGAGUAACAUACUCAGAGCCAAGAUUUUUCCAUUUCGUUCCCUCUUUUGCGAAAGUAUUUUUUUCUGUAGGUGUGUAAAUGCUAACAAAGCAUACGGAUGUUCCAAAUAAUCUAAGUCGCGGUUUGUUUGCAGAAUGCCCAAGCAGAUGUACCAACCGAGUAGUGUGCUUCUGGAUUCAUUCCUGUCCGUCACAUUGUUGUAAGGCUACUGUUGCUUGAAGUUAUUCAAAAGAAAAAACGCUGCACAGCAGGUGAUACAAAGAGGGAGAACGUCUGCUGUGGAAAAUUUUUUAUCAUUACUUAACUGCAAAUGAACAACUUUUUUAUUGUUUUUCAACAGAGCAAUGAGAUUAUUGCAACGAAUCUACGUAUGUAUUUGUUUGAACAACACUAUAGAAUAAACUUUGAUUGAAUGAUGUAUAGACCUUUGCUUCAAUGGCGCCGAUAUACAAUUGUUGGAUGAGGUUGAAUAUGAUAUCAAAAAAUAUACCUAAAGAGGACUAAAGAGUGGUGCAGACUAUUAUAGCCAAAUAAAGAGUGCUGCAAUCAAACGUGAGAAGGGAAAGUCUGAACUGCGUACUAUUGGUUAUGUUUACACCUUACCGAAUGGCUUUCUCGCAGGCACGAAGACCGUAUCUGAUAGGCCCACUGUUCACACUUAAGAACGGUGAUUUCGGCGCGCAAAGCUGCGUUUUCCCGAUCUCUAAAGUGGAGAGUCACAAAUCGGAUCGGUGUUCACACUGAUACCAGAUAGCUUUUUUUGUGUUGGCCCGAAAAGCUAUCCGCAUAGUGUAAACAUACGUCUUAGAUUUGCCUACAAAAUAUGUUUGUCAUAUAUACGUUUUGCAAGUCAACUCUUCUACUCGUAAAAUGAAAAUUGCUUAGCAACACUAAGGAAUGAGACUCAUUAAUAAAACUGCUUAUCACAAGUGGAACUGACUGGUGUUGAAUUCAGUGCUGUUAUACCUGCUCAUAGUAAGGGCAAUCCGUAAAUGUCAACAGCCAGCGUUGUAAAACAGUGGCCCGUGAACUUCAGCAAUAAAUUAAUCGGAGCCCGGAAAUAAGUGGAUUAUAAUUCACUGUUUUUGUGUCUUAGUUGAUGAGCCUUAGAAUCAUAACGAUCUAAAAAUUUUGAAACAAUAGCCAGUCUUCAAGGUUUGGUGGUCGCCAAAUCACAGGCGGGGACAGGUGGUUUGAAAUGUCAAUUUUGAAGAAAAAAUCGUGUACCCUGUUAUUUUUUCACAUCCUUGGCGAUGAUGUGUUUAAGAAAUGUCGUUUACUACGCCAUCCUAUUUAUAGUGAGAUUUUCCAAAAAAAGUGGACAAAUCAAAACAAGAGCGAAUUCAGCAGGUAAGGAUUUUUUUCGCACUCUGCUAGCUAUGAAUCGUCUCGCACAGAAAACUUCCACUCUUCAAUAUUAUGAUAUUUAUUAAAAAAUUGAAAGUACUUGUAAUGACAUUUUUUAUAUUGGACUGAGCAAAACGUGAUUCUAAUAUUUACACCUGUAAACACAACAACAUUUUUCACACAAAAUUUGGGAACAAAAUAGACCAAAAUAUAUACAGCAAUUAUAGGAGCACCGAUUGUGAACAGGUCAGUAAAUAAAACAGGGAAUAAAACAAAUAAAAUUCUCGUUUGAUGAAUAACCCACUGAGAAUGGACAACAAAAAAUUGAAGUUCGAGUUUGAAAAGCUAAGAAACUUUAUAUUUUGUGCCUGCUUGUCAGUCGUUCAGAAAACUUUGCAAUAUAAAUCGAUAUGAACAUCGUAUUUUGUAUCUUACUAAAACGGGGAAGAGAGUGGGCAACGACCACUUUCUCCGCAAGCUCGUACCUCCGUUCCCCGUUUUAAAGGAGCUGUGUCACGGCAGUCCAGUUUAUUUUCUUUAAUUUUGCCAAUUACUCGCCCUGGAACUUAAAAUAAGCAAAGAAAUUACAGGAAAAUGACAACAUCAGAGAUCCGAGACAAACAAAUAUGUCUCCUGAGCAUUAUUUUUGAAGUUGCAAGCAGCAGGGAUCAACUUAGAAAAACUGUUAAGCUGAACAGUUUUCAAAAACCCUAAUUUCAAUCCGUUUCAAUCUUCUUCAGGUUUGCCCAUCCGUGGCAUCUGUUGUUUCUGUUAUGUUAUUUUAACCUUCCUUUAAAGUUUUGAGCCUUUAGUUUUAUGUUUCUCGUAAUUUAAUGGGCAUUUUGUAAUUUCCUAAUUUGGCUGAAUUUCGUGACACAGUUCCUUUAAUAAAAUCGCUCCGGGACCACAAAACGUUUGACUGAACUGGGGCAAUUGCCGAUCUUUUGACCGCAUUUUUGUUAACAUAUACAAAUUUACAUAAGACGACGCUCACGGUCAUUCCGGCCUAUUUGUCUCUGGAGAUGCGGCAAUUGAUAUCCCCUAAUUUAUUAAAGGGAAAAUUAAGGGACCUGAAUUUCAAUUGUCAAAAAGCAGGUGUUUUCUUUUCAUCUUUAUUAUUUUAGUUUUUAUCUUAGAUUCUAGAUUAGUUAGAUAGUUAGUUUUCUAUACUCGAGUGUAAAUGCACCUGAAGGAAAUACCAUGUAUAAAUAAAAUUAAAAUACCAUACCAUACCAUACAGUUUCGAAGAAGACAGCAGUGUCCGGGAUGGGGGCUACUGCCAUAUUUGGGGCUAUUUGGUAUAUGCCGUUAGUCUAGAAUAAAGAUAGAAAUCGAGGAGUCUGAACAAUUUUCCAAGAAACUGAUCAAUUGCAUUGUCUAUUGUAGGGUAAGAAAAUCAGCUGAACAUGGCCCAGUCAGGGGGGGGGGGGAAAUAGGCUCCUGGUCCCGGUAUAGGCUGGGGGUUUCAGGGUCCCAACGGAAUAUCCCACCCAAAACGUCCUAAAGUAUCUCCCCAGGCCCGGUGUGGUUUUACACUUUGUCCGGGUUUUCGAAUGCAUAUUAGAAUGUGCUAGAAAGGGUUAAAUAAACUUUGCAGUUUUGAAUCCAGGACUUGGUGGCAUAAUAUACAAAGAGGGUAACCCUUUGACUUUGACACCUAUGAUUGUCUGCACUAUUAGCCAGUAACUAGACGCUUACUGACAGUUUACUUGUAAAACAGAGUAUGUAAUCAACAAAGUAAUUAAAGAGGGUCUGAAUGGGGGUACCUAGAUAACACUAAACACUUCAUUAUUUUGGCUUUGUAAAUUUUAGGCACUUUAACACUAACAGUAAAAAUAUCUUUGAAACAGUAAAUUUUUCCAGAAAGAAGCAAAAACGGCUCCAAAAAGGCUAAUAUUAUUUUGUUUAGAAUAUCAAGGAGUUUUCGGCCAUUUUACGACAAUUCCCGAUUAUUUCAGAAGAUUUCCGAAGGCUACUUGUCCGACCAUUGCCGAAGAUGUCCGAAGAACCCUACAAACACUUAACAGUGUCUUCUUGGGGAACAGUAAACAAAAAUUGACCAAUUUAACAGCAAACACUAAAAAUUAUGGGCAAAUAACACUAAACACUAAACCCCAUUCAGACCCUCAUUAAAGCCAUUUCACCCGUGGCUGUUGCCCACGGGGAAUUAUUAAGGAACGUUUUAUGUGUGACUGACUUCUCCAAGGUAAAAUUGUCUCACCAUGGAAUCGAGGGACAAGGCAUUAUAAUAAUUACUUCAUAUGGUGUAAGCUAUGGCGUAAUGGGUAUAAUCUUCGCUACAGUUUGGGUGUUGUGACUCAUUACAUGAGUUAAUUUUUCGCGUGUUGAUGAAAUAUACGUAACCAAUCAAUAUUUGAUCUUUAUCGUUUGGAAGGAGCCGAAAUAACCUUAUUUGAUUCUUAAUGAUUUAAGACGCCAAGAGUGUUUAAAAGACAGUACUGGAAACACGUGAAUCGCAGGACCUCGCGUGGCACUUCGGGGGAACGGCAAGAAGUAGGAAAGGGAAAUAACGUAAUAGGGAAAAAAAAUUUAUAAAUUUAAGAAUUAAUGUUUUUCAAUUUUCAUGAUUACAAGCACUGGAUGAUAACCAUGCGUUGACGAGGCAACGAAGAACUUUUGGUAAAGCGGAUCCAGUUUGUCCUGAUAGUAAGUAAGAAUUUUAAGGGGUCUUCACUUGCUCAAUUAAUUGCCCCAUUAAGAAGUUUUUCACAACUCUUCAUGUCAACCUCGUCAUCAUCAACAACAACAACAACUUUUUUAACAGCAAUAAAAUACUGAGCAUACACACUACCUACAUUUAGCAAACGCUUUUCGAGGCAGACAGUGUGGGGACGCUACAUACAUGAACUGAUACAUUUUGAGACAUUUUACAAGAAAAAUAACAGAGAUUGACAGAACCUCGAGUUGAUUCUUCAUUUCUUGAUUACUUUUCUUGAGAGCCUUUGAUCCUAUCUGGCAUUAUAUAGUCGUUGGCCAAAUUUAACAAGCUCACAAGAACGAGGGAAAACAUACGUGUGCACCUUGCACGCACACAUGCAUGCAAGGCGACCCAGUCUCCUCUCUCCUUUUCCUAGACUUCACGCGAUAUCCCCCAACUGGAGAAAUUUCUCGCACGCUCACGCUCUUUCUAGCACGCUCAUGAUAGUAUGCUGCAGCGUAAUUGUCGGAACUUGACUAGGCUGUUGCUUAUUCUGUUAUAGUGACUAACGGUGCGUAUUUGGAGAGAUGGGACAGGAUAGAUUACAAACGAGUCAAAUUUCUUCUUAACGAUGCACGCUAUCCACACCAUCCGUCCCGGUCACUAUGUGUUCCUGAUUUUCAACAACCUCAGAACUGGACAGAUUUCUUUGGUGCUCGGAUGAGAACUUAUUUUAAGCCUCUUCAGUCAGGAUACCACAAAUUUAUGAUUUGUAAGUAUUAAAGCAAUGGUUUGUGGAUACUUCUUACCUUACAAACUGUUGUAUGUCUUGAGAAGUCUGCCUAUAAAAUAAUAGAUAAAUAAAUAAAUAAAAUGCACUAUAAUGUGUGCGAAAAGUAUAGUUGUCAGGUCGGUGAAAACCGAGAUCGCGAGACUUCUCUAAGAGCAGACUAUCAUCAGACGCUCUGAAUAAUGAUGAUUGAAUAAAGAUGAUGAUGAUAAUAAUAAUAAUAAUAAUAAUAAUAAUAAUAAUAAUAAUAAUUACGACUGACCAGCGUAUCACGAAAUGGUUUAUUUCGCCCAUCAAACUUUAAACAAGAGACCUUUUGUUCGAGGUGGCAUCUGCCCGAACAGAGCCGAAGAAUGUUUGAAUAAUCAGAAACCUUCUAUGGGCGGGACAAACUUGCGUACCACGGGGGGUGGGGAGUGCUAAUUGAUCUGUUAAGAAUGAAAUCUCACUAGGGUACCGACAAGAAUAGUCUAUAGCUCCUCAUUCAGGAGCUAUAGAGAGCUGUUCUACUAGAAGUAGUAUUUCAUAUGCAAUACUGACGUACACAAAUUGUUAGUCUUUGCUUCAGCUUCUUAACACAUCAGGCACUGAGGCAGUGAGCUGUUCUGAAAACUUGAUCCGUUAGUCCCGUCAUUGACAUCAUUGCAUACUUUUUAAUGAACCUGCCGCGUGCGUAGACUUCGCCCGAUACUAUUAUUCCGUUACUACAAAGAUUUCGUUCAUAGUUAUCCAAGCAGCGGAGAAUAGGUUCUCAAACAACUGGCUUUCUUUUUGCGCGACAACGCGCUUUGAAUCGAAAAGGUGUGAUCUUUUUACUUCAGAUACAGCACAGCACGUGCAUGUAAGAGAACACGAGUUACACACCAAGUGCCAGUGGCUUUUACUUACAGAGAGCAUAGUGGUUAUUAGAGGAGACUGGUUAUGAAAGAAAACAAACAUCAAAUAUAAAAACAACGGUGCACAAUCCUUUGUUUUUCGGCAAAUUGUGACGAAAUAAAUUAAUGGGACGUAUUUAUUGGCCAAAAAUAUCAAAAUUCUAGGAAUGCUAUUGCACGUUCGUUGACAGCGUCAGGUCCACAAAAACAUAAAACAAUUGAGUCUGACGGGUUUCAUAACCAUUCCAGUCUAUUAGUUAUGCAGAGAGCUAUAAAUUUUGUCAGUAGGCAAGAGUAAGCAAGUCCACACAAAUCCGAAAAUUUUUGAAGCCGCAUACUUCCGUCCACACAGUGAAACCAGUGAAUGCGGUCACCGAAACCGCAUUGUUUUGAAACCGGUUUUCAGAGAAGUUUAACGUCCCGUCCACCAGGAAUCCGGAUAAAAACUAUGCGGUUUUAAAAAUGUUUGGAGUCGUGUGGACAUGAACUAAGUGUAGCGGCAUAAGCUGUGUUUUAGUAGAAGUAAAAAAGGAGGUACGAUUUUUUUCAAUCUUUUUGCUCACAUAAUCGUAUUCAUCAAAAUAUGCUUUUUAUAGAUCGAUUUGUUUCAUUUAACAACGAAUAACAAAACUAAGUACCCACGAUAGCUUGGUCAGUCUUAAUACACUGAAAAAUGAUAAAUUAUAGAAUUAAGGUUCUGGAGGGUGUUAUCAACCGAAAUCUAAUUCUUCACAUCAUACACUGCUUAAUAAAUAAUCAUAUUUUACUUUCUCUGACAGCAUCAAACGCUGGCAGUGAAUUGUACAUCAGCCCAAAUACCGAUCCGAAUAACAAAAAAGUGAUUGCAUCUGUAGAUGGCGGUUUUCCCAGCCAACCAUAUGAGUACGAUAGGUAGGCAGAUAUAUAUAUAUAUAUAUAUACAACAUUUCAUUCUAUUCCUAAAGGACCUGUUAGGCCGGCCGGUUUCUGUAGGCUCGCUUACCAGCCGCUGCUCGAGGAAUGAGCGCGUUACUCCCUCAAGAAGGACCAAGACCGGACCCAAGAGAACGGAGGCCAGGGACCGUGCAGCAAGUUUUCGAGUGGGGGGGGGGGCUAAAGAAGAAUGCGUGAAGGAAAAUUUUGGGGGGGGGCGGGGGGAGCAUGCUUGUGGAUUUCUAUUCAAUUUCUCUAAAGUGACGGAGAAUGCGAAUAACGAUAAAACUAUUGAUUUUUUUCCACAUCUUCAGUGAUGUUGCUAUCGGGUCUGAAAAUUCACCAUCACUAAAUUGAAAUAUCAUAUAUGUUAUACUACUGAUAUCAACCUUUAAUUACUAUAAAUAAGCCAGAAAUCCAACGAUUUUGCUUGAGCUGCCUUGAACUCAAGGCUGCAUAAUUACUGAGCAAUUAUUGCGCGAGGCUGAGUAUGAUAUGAAGAGUUAUGCAGAUCGAGGGGGUUAUCCGCCAAAGCCGAAGGCUUGAGCCCGGUGGAUAACACCCUCCGAGAUCUGUAUAUCUUCAUAUCAUACGAAAGCCGAGUUCAAUAAUUGUUUAAUUAUUCAUUCAAAAUAUUUACACGGAAAAACAAAACGGUAACUGAAAAUAAUUUAGUGAAUGAAAAUUCAAUUAUAGAACAGAUCAGAAAAAAGUAGAAAAAAUUAUGCAGAGUUUACUCACCAGAUAAAGAAGGUUUUCCAUUUUGUUUGGAAAAGUAAUCAGAAAUUUUGAGAGAUCUGUACAGUACCGCAAGUGAUCCCCAACCGCAAAUGAUCCCGAGACCGCAAAUGAUUCCCAAAAUGGACCGCAAAUGAACCUCGACCGCAAGUGAUCCCCAAAGUUGACCGCAAAUGAUCCCGAAAGAAAAAAAGGAAUGGCUUAGACUCGAGUUAGCGGAUCAUCGUGUCUAUUUUAUUAUUAUUACAACAAGUAAGAUUAAACGCUAAAUUUCAGUUCUAAAAUAAAUACAUGAAUAAAAACUAAAUGAAAAAAUCAUUCAAGUGUAAAAACGAAGUCGGUAGGCAACACACGACUUUUACCUCAUGCCAAAAUGCUGCUUGUUCCAAUGAAUUUUCUCCCUGGCGGGUAGAUUAUACCUCUGAAGGAACACGUUUUGUCUGAGCGAAUGUGAUUUUUGCCGCUUAUUUCAUACUGAGAGGUCAUGACACGCAUUUUCGGCAGUUAUUGUUGUUUCUGGUCGGCAUGAUUUGUCCUUUAAUGCAAGAACAUUUCCUUUGACCUCUUUUCAAAUGCAAUGCUUUUCAUUGCGGCUAAAUAAGGGUUUUAGGUUGUUUAAUUUUCUUUAAAGUGCCUCAUGGAUCCGAAUAAUUAUAAGCGACUUUUUUUUAGUCCGUAAAUGUGACGGUUCCUACGAUGUUUUGUCACUCGAUAACUACCGCUUGCCUCGCUUUUGCGUUUCUCAUUACCAGGGCACUCCCAGGCCUGGGACACUCCUAAGUUACGAACCAAUGUCUUGCUUUUUAUCACGUAAAAUUAACACUUCAGAGAAAAAUCAAAACUAAAUAUUCUGAAAAUUAAUUGGACACUUCUAAAAAGAUCAGUAAAGUCAAUAAAGCUCUUGUUAUGCAGAGGGUGCCCAGCUUUGUAUUCCUCAGUAGACAAGUUGCAUUGAGCUUGGGCGUUAAAAUAAUAGAGUUUUUUCUGCGUAACGUCCUGCCUGUCUUAAAUUUGCAGCCACGAAACAGUUCUUUAAAGAAAAUUGAAGCAAUUGACAAUGGAAGAAGUAUACGGUUGAUACCAUAUCUUUUUCAGAUUUAUUCUACUUUUUUUUGGCCUUGUAUAAAUUGACCUGAGACGAAGCGUCCUCCUUCCCUCUUUAUUUAGAAGGCGCGAGAAAAAGGUUCCUUUUUUUAUAAUCAGUCUUUUUUUGUAAUCAGUCCCAUAAAAUCCAUUCCAUUCCUCAAGUUUUCACGGGAUCAUUUGCGGUCAACUUUGGGGAUCACUUGCGGUCGCGGAUCAUUUGCGGUCCAUUUUGGGUAUCAUUUGCGGUCUCGGGAUCAUUUGCGGUUGGGGAUCAUUUGCGGUACUGUACAGAUCUCUUCUUUGCAUUACUAGUGGUAUGUGAAGUCUCGUCGUUCGUAUUUAUGUUGCCGUGUACCAUAUGCACUUCUUUGUUCGUAAUAACCGCCGGAUUGAAUGUUCCUUGAUGACCAGAGCUAUACACAAUUCUGCGGUUUAAGUACUUUCGAUGACAAAAUGUUUUUAUAAACAGACCGCGUUCAACAAAACUUGCAAUUGGAAUGCUCAACGAGCCGUGAAGCCGGACAUCAAAAGACGGACUUCGCGCUGAUCGAGCUAAAAUCAGGACGCACAAUAACAAGAGAAACAAUAACUUCAUGAUCUUCCAAAAAUCAAGGUUGAAACUAAUAAACAAUUUGUUUGAGAAUCGCCUUAUAAACUAAACCCAGUUAUUACUUUGGAUCGAAACUGACCAAUUACGACGCGUUAGAAGCGAAAAAAUAUUCUACUAUUGUAACGACUAAUGCUUCAUUCUGUCUAUUUAUCUGCGCGUUUGUCUUUGCCAGUAACUCUGGUCACUUUCGAAUUAACGAUUUUUUGCUAUUUUUCACUCCGUUACUUUUGCUAAAUUAUUUUUUGUUUAAUUUAUUUUUAUUCUUGCAAAAAAGUGGGGGGGGGGGGGGCUAAAGCCCCCCCAGACCCUCCCUCUGCGCGGUCCCUGGGAGGAGAUUUCCUAGGUCAUCGACAUUUAAAAAAGUCUCUUACUUGCAAUUAAUUACUUUAUUUAUCUGACUUACGUAUCACCCUUUUUAUUCCAGGUACGUAAGCCAAACGUCUACCCCUAUGGAACUGAAAAAAGGAAAAUACUACUACAUGGAAACUGUAAUGAAAGAUGACCAUCAGCCUGAUCACUUAGAAGUCGGACUUGUGACGCCAGACGGGACACAGUAUAGUUAUAUACCCGGCUCUAAAUUCUUGUGGACGAUAUUGCCAUUACCACACUGUAUGUAUAGAAAGUGCAAGGCCUUUUUUAAGGGAUCCAUUAUAUUGGUUCAAGUUGAUUCAAUAUUGUUGAUAUUGUUCAAUAUUGUUGGGGAGCAAGGGAUGGCGUAGUGGUGAGAGCGCUCGCCUCCCACCAAUGUGGCCCGGGUUCAAAUCCCGGCGUCGACGCAUAUGUGGGUUGAGUUUCUUGUUGGUUCUAACAAACUCAACCCACUCUCUCCUUUGCUCCGAGAGGUUUUUCUCCGGGCACUCCGGUUUUCUCCUCUCCUCAAAAACCAACAUUUCCAAAUUCCAAUUCAACCAGGAAUCAGGUGGACAAAGAACCACUUUGUGGAUGUGCUACCUCCAAAUCAUUAUUUAUUUAUUUAUUUAUUUAUUUGUGACCUGUUUGAUGCCUUUGAUCACGAAAGAUAUUGCAUGGAUGAUGUUUGACGAUGUUUGAUUAGAUUUAAAUUAGUUGAGACUGUUGUCUCCAUCCAAAUGGACUUAGCACAAGCCAAAAAUAUUGGAUAACGUUGUACUAACAUAUUGGGUCCAUUUCAGUGCAAUUUUAUUCAAAAAUGAAUGCUACUGACAGUUUCUCAGGAAGCAACGACAGCUGCGCGGUAACCGCGAAACCUCCUCCGAGCACAAUGUCGUAUUGUGUCAAAUUACGAUCAAUAAGUCCACUAUCCUAUGCUAUUGAAAUUCAGCCACAGUAGGUACUACGUAAUGAAGAUGGUUUAAAACCGAGAAAGCCAUCCCACCCUCUUUUUCACUUCACAUUUUUCACUUUCACAUUUUUUACUACACCGCGCUUUUGUAAAACUCAAAUUCUGGAUCAAAAGCCAUUCUGCAGGCCGUUGUUCUUAUGCAAAAUCCAUGGGGCUUAAUUUAUACUUUAUUGAUAAUGUUUUUCUAGCAAAAAAUGCUACCUACAAGACAUAUUUGAUAAAGGUAGCGGCAUUGGCUGGGGCAAAAGCUGGUUCUUCAUUUGGUUCGAGCUGGGCAAUGAAAAGUGGUGCGAAAGCAGGGGCCAAGGCUGGUGCCAUGGCGGGAAUGGCGGCAGGAGCAUCAGCUGGAGCCACAGCAGGGGUAACAGCAGCUAUUAAAGCUGUGACAAAAACACUGCAAGAGGGUUUGAAUGAACUUCAUGGUGACGACUUGCAUAAAUAUAAGAUCAAUGUUGUAAACGGUACCGUGGUGUCAGUAACUGGUCCCGGAAUUGGUGGAGCUGCAGGCACUGCGGGGGCCGGCGCAGCUGCAGGGGCAGGGGCAGGGGCAGCUGGGACUGCAGGGGCAGGUGGAACAGUAGGGACCGCUGCAAGUGGUGGAGCAGCUGGGGCAACUGGAGCUGUAGGAGGCGCAAGUGCAGGGACUGCCGGAGCUGCUUCGGGAGGUGGUGUAGGUACCACUGUGGAUGCGGGAGGGGCCGCAGCAGGUGGGGCUGCUGGUGUUGCAGGGGGUGUUUCUGCGGGGACCGGAGUAGAAGCUGGUGCUUCGAGUGGUGCCGUUACAGGCGGUGCAGGAAUGCCCGGUAGUGAGAGUGCCACGGGAGCAGCAGGUGGGGUAGUAAGCGGGCAAGUCACAUCACCUGCCGGCGCUGUGGUGGCAGGUGGAGUUGCACUGGCUGGUAUAGCCAGAACUCCACCUCAGAAUAUGACCUAUAUUCCAAAACCAGGAGAAGAUGCCCAGACCGUGGCAAGGACUCUCAUCUAUAAAGGAGGAGGAGCAAGAAAAAGUAAAUAACGUUUUGAUGUAACAACUUAGGCUACUGUAGCCAAUAGGUUUUUCGGGAUCCGGGAUUUUCUUUACCUGAAGCUCGGGAUUCGGGAUUUUUAAGCAGAAUGGGGGCGAGAUUCGGAAUUGAAAGUAUGCUUGGCUAAUGAGAUGCCAAAAAUAAAGACAUUAAUAACAAACCAGCAAAGAAAAAAGCGACUUGAGGUUUCCCGAUAUUUCGAACGGACAAGCCGUCCUUCUUAACGGGAUUUAAUGAAGAAUGGGAAAGUCACUAUAGACGAGUAGCAGUUGGAAAUUUGAUACAAAGAUAAUCGGCUAAAAAAAUAAAUGGGGCAAUAAUGAGAAACAAUUCAGACAAAUGCCAAAAAUAACCCUCGGGAUUACGGGAUUGCACGAAAUUUUUGAGUCGGGAUUGCGGGAUUGAAGAACCCUAUUGGAGACCCUUAAGAGACUUUGUAAUUCCAGUAAAUGACGUUAUCCAACGAAUUUUUCCGCAGCAUUCGGUUGGCCGUAAUCCUAAUUAUGACAACAUGGAUAUUUCACACAAUCAUCUUUGCAAUCAGCUAUCAAUUUGGGAAAUUUAAUUUGUUAUCCAUCUGUCAUUCAUUAAAGUGCUUAUUUCCUAUUCACUGUCAUCGUAAUUCAAGUUGUAGUGACUCAAGCAUGUUAAGACAUAACCCAAAUGCCUAAUUUCCAUCCACAAAGAGUUGUAACUUAAGGAUUUACCUAAACAGCAUCCUUAAUGUCCUUGAAUAUUUUAGUCACCUGACCUGUUCAAACAUUUUUCGUAAGCUGUGCACAUUGACCACCAAGAGGAUUAGUACAGUGAAGUGAAAUACCAACAUAUUUCUACGGUUUUCGUCUUGAAGAAUAUGUCCUGAAUGUCCGACUGCACUUUACCGUGAAAAAGUAACUUUGAAAAAUAGUUCUCCUAGCAUUUUUUUUAGAUUAAUACCUCAAGUCCUAAAAGGUCAAGGAACUGUUUUUCUGCGUAACAUAAUAAGUGAUGGUUAAGGCUAAUAGCCAGAAUAGGACAUAGAAUGUAUUUGCAAAAGUUGCUGACUUCGCGGGGGGUCAAAAAUCAUAGGACUGACCAUGUUUGAGGAAUCCUUUCUUUAUCUGACCCUAGAACUAUACUGUUCUUGAAUUUAAUCUUUUUUGUUUGUGUCGUUUAUUCAUUUCUUCUUUCCACAGUUGUGGCAAAUGCAAUGUAUACCUUUCAUUCAUUGGUCACACCUUACCUUCAGGAAGAUUUCUUCCUCAACUAUUGCUGGAGAUCAUUGGAUGGUCAGUUGUACUUGGAUAGGUGGUGUCAUGUUUUCAUCGCCCGCGUUCCUGCAUUGUAUACAAACACUCAAUCAAAAGACACUGUUUCCUUUGAAUCUGCUUGUGCACCUGGUAACUUUAUCAGACAAAAGAACUAUAAGUUUCUACUUAAAAAAAGAGAUGGCACGGAGCUUUUUGGUAAGAAACCAGAUUUUAUUGCAUGUUCUACCGUUUGAAGAAAACAUGAAUUCUUCCCUUUUAAAUAUUAAUUUUAAAAUUUUGGUAUUUGGCUAUUGACACUAGAACGUACAAAACUAUUUAGACUCCUUAGCACACUAAUGUUCUAAAGAAAAUUUGAAAUAUUCUCAAAAUAUCGCAUUUUGGAGUACCCUGGGUACCAGAGGGUUCUCACGCGUGCAAUGUUUAGGGACCACCGGGUCAUUAUUUAUCGCCUGGGGGGCCUUUGAACGUUAUUUCACUGAAGUGAUCCCCCCUAAUAACUUUGGAUGACUUUCGCGAUCCCCCCCCGCCCCCAUGUCUUUAUUUUCCAAGCAUAUUUGAGUGGUCCCCCUCUGAAUCCUUCCAAAGUUUUAAGCGGUCCUCCCUUUUUGGGUUCUUAGUUACGACUGAUCCCCCCUUUUGUUCUCCUAAAAAUCAAGUGAUCUCUCCUAAAAUCGUCCGCCACCCCCCUCCCCCUUCGGCGAUAAAUAAUGACCGGUCCCUUACGGCGGGAUACUUUGUCGGCCGCGGGACAUUUUGGUCAGUCUUACACCAAGUACUACCCAGCCAGAAACCACGCUCUGCGCUCGUUCUCGCUUGCUCACUUCGCUCUCGCACCGUCGAAUUGUCGAAAAAAAGAAAGAAAAGAGAUCAUGGGAUUUUAGGAGUUAAACUACCCUUUGAGGGUCUCAAUGGGGUUUACCGUCAGCCGUCUAACGGCCUAAAAAUUAACCGUCAACCGUCAAAGAUGCAGGUCAAGAUUAACUGCCAAAAAGUUUCAAAGUAUUUCAAAUCUCACUAGAUCAGCUGAUCUCCAAGGACUAAUCCGGCUCCUAGAGAAUUUCUAAGCUGCAAAAACCAGUUCCCAUAUUCUCAAAAACACUCUUUCUAAACAUUACUGAACAGUACCUUACAACCUGGUUAUAUCGGAAAACAUUUUGAAAUAUUAUAAAUGAAAGACCAAGACAACCUUCAAAACAUUCAGUUAAUAUUAAAUCACACAGAAGUUAAUAUUUACAUCAACUUACAUCGACUGGACUAAAUUUCUACUUUUAAAAAAACCGUCAACCGUCAAAAGCUCUAAAAUGUAACCGUCAGACGUCAAAAUUGAAAAAAUUAACUGUCAACCGUCAAAGUAGCCUGUGAACACCGUCAAAGCUACCACUCCAUUGACACCCUCCCCUCUGGCAAGGGACUCUAUAAGAGGCGUUAUAUUGUGGGAAAGCUAGACCUACCAAAGGUUUCCUGAAGUGCACAGUCACGUUCGCCUUCACCCUUAGCCUUUCCUCUGGGGGUCGGAAAGUUCACUGAUGAGAUAGCCUUGAGCUGGUUUUGUAUCCCCAAAUAGCUGAUCAUAGCUGUAAAUGGCUAUCACCAAAAGAAAGCCGGAACUGUUUAACAUAUUUUUCAUUCACUGCUUUGAUAUACGUUUUAAUAUUAACAUUUUCAGAUAAGGACAGUUCAUUCACCGUUUACAAUGUCAUGAAGUAUACUCGAAAUUUAAUGUUUCAUGCGAUGCACAAAGAUUGGUAUAUCUGUGAACAUGCCGCAAAGAGGAAAAAUAUGCACAAGAAUUAUAACCUAGUGCUAGAUUUUUACAAAGGUGAGCCAGACGUUCUUCCACGCUGUAGCUUCAUAGGCGAGCCACUUCCAGAAGGCGUAGAUAAGCGAAAGCACUGUUAUGGCGUUCUCGGACCAGUAGAACCUCCAGCGAUUAGUGGGCAACCGCUCUCGCACCCGGCUGGUUUGGUCCCGCCGCCAACACCACCACCGCUCGUUGGUCUUCUAGCAUGUCUGCCAGUUUGCCCAGCGACUGCUACGACUCCACUUCCUGAGAUUACAAGCGCUCCUAUCCCAAGCAGACGUAAGUCCUUUCCGUAUUUCCUUAAUACUUUUUUAAACGGUAAUUAACUUGUGACAAAUAUUUAGCCUGCUUUGCAGCCGGCCCACGCACAAUCUCGUUCCCACGGUUCUCUCUUACCCGAGCGAGGUUGGCCCACGCACUCGUCUAAACCACGUUUCACACUAUCACAAGCUCAAUAAUCGUCUCUUGUCACGAGCUAUUAGUCGUGUUUGGCCUGUCAUCACUCAAUUCAAAUCGGACUAAUCACAAACCGUGUAAGAAACUAGCCAAUCAAAAACGCCGACAUAUGUCGAUGCGACUCUGCGGGAUUCGAACACGAUAUUGCGCACUAAUUCGCAGUCUGCGACGCAGGCAAUAAAUAUUUUACUGUUUAAAAGAUAUACAUGCGCAGUUAGUCGAUAUAACCCUUUCAUAUCGUUUUCGCGCCAAAACACCGACACCUCAGUCUGCAAUAAAAACGAGUAGCGUUGGAUUAUAUAUAGGUAUAUGGAACAAUUUCGUUGACUUCAGGAUAGCCUGCCUUGAAUGCGAAAGUAGGCGGUUUCUAAUCAAACUAUGUCGGUGGAAGCCUAAUAAAAUGAACUAGACAAAUAGCUGUUUCACUAAAAAUGAGCAUUUUUAUCUUUUUAAUUAACAACUUUCAUGGUAAGAAACAAUGGGAAGAAGAUGCAACAAACUGAUGAUGUCACAAGAACGCAAUUUCCGAAAGCGUUUAAGAAAUUGACUAUAAUAACAAAGGACUAAUCACCGUGGAACAUCCAUUUGCUACAUAAACAUUUCGCGGGGUUCGACACUUUGAUAAAUUAGAUUCCAUUAACCUGAAGUGUUCACCAACGUCCGCUAGUUCAAUAAAGUUGAUCUUUCAGUAUAGAAGCUCCUUCUUCCUUACUGUUCCUUUCGUCCAAGUUUCUCUUGAAAGGGACAUCCUUAAGACGAUUAUUGCUCCUGCAAAUAUCUAUCUGUCGUAACCCUUCAUCAGUGGCGCCUAAAAUGUGUGCAAUUUCCUCCAUUUGUUUCGGCUCCGAGCGUGGCUAUAACCGUAGCCUGUAACAGUUCCAGGCGUUCGGAUAGUAGAGCGCGGGAGAAAAAUUCACGAAGAAAAAAAACAACGAGGGGGGACUAGAGGGGGAAAGGGGGAGAGAACUCGCUCUCGCCACCCCUCGUCCCCCCCCCCCCCCCGUUUUCCCGGUGUACAAUUUAACUCGCUCCCAACUGACCGUCGCGCUCUACUAUAUGAAAGCCUGGAACAGGCUACUAUAACCGACCUUUCACUUCCAGAAUGAAUGAUGGAAUCUUACAAGAUGGUUAUAACUUUUGAGUCUGUGGAUGAAAUCCUAUUGUGUGACCAUUCAAAUGAAACCUCUUAGCAGUAUUUUCACAUGGUACUAUUUAUUUAGUAAGUAGUUCUAACGUUUGAGUCUGUGGAUGAAAUCCUGUGGUGUGACCAUUCAAAUGAAACGUAACCUCUUUGCCAGUAUUUUCACAUGGUGCUAUUUGUUUUUCGGCAUUCUACAAAAAGAAAUUUGGAAAUUUUGUCGAAAUUUGACUUUGGCCACUUUUGGCAGUGAAAGGGUUUUAACUUAAAGUCGCUUAAGCAUAUUCGCUUGACCUGUCGCUGAUAUGAUCCUCCAUCUCUGCUGGAUCUGUUUCAUUACUUUGUGGGACAGAUAUCUCAGUCACCAUCAUCAGCCCCAACGGGUUCUAAGAAGCGCUUUCACGGAAAUAUUCACUUUUUAAGUCGUUUAAUUUCAGCUGCAUGCGUCACAUUGAACUUCAUCAACCUCUUGGGAUUUCCAUUCAAACUGCACUCUUCUCUUAAACACGAGGUAUAUCUCGUCAGUGGAUCUGGCUUUAAACUGCGGUUUUACAUAGACCGACCAGAGCUGCACAGUCACGUGAUAUUUUAUGCCGAAGACCCAGCUGGAAAGCGAAAUGUCCUUCUGAAUGGGCAGCCAAGUAUUACAGAGCGGGUGGUUUCUGAUUGUCCUCACUUUACGGAGGUGUUAGUGACAGCCCAGCAAGGUUAA